UUUCUGGGAUAAACAACAUCUGGAGAAGUCAAAGCUUUAGAGCCCAUGCAAUGAGUACAACUGAAGGAAGUGUUAUGUCACCGAAAGGGUUGAUGGACACGGCGGAUGAACCUGAUCAUCUUCUAGUCCUUGUUCAUGGCAUCUUAGCAAGCCCAAGUGACUGGACGUACGUACAAGCAGAGUUGCGGAGGCGGUUGGGAAGAAACUUUUUGAUAUAUGCAAGUUCAUGUAAUACGUUCACUAAAACCUUCUCUGGGAUUGAUGGAGCUGGAAAACGACUAGCAGAUGAAGUUAGGCUGGUUGUAAAGAAGAGAGAAAGCCUGAAGAAGAUAUCGUUUUUAGCUCAUUCUCUUGGUGGAUUGAUUGCAAGAUAUGCACUUGCCCUGCUUUAUUCAUCAAACAACUGUAAUGAGAAGUCCGAUGAUGCUGUCACUUCAACUAGUGCAUACCUCAAACCAGUAGGCUCCUUAAAUGUAGGUUUGAUUGCUGGCCUGGAGCCAAUCAAUUUUAUCACCUUGGCAACACCACAUCUUGGUGUGAGAGGGAAAAAUCAGCUUCCUUUUCUCUUGGGGCUGCCGAUCUUGGAGAAACUUGUAGCACCUAUAGCUCCUAUUUUUAUUGGUCAAACUGGUAGGCAGCUCUUCCUUACAGAUGGCAAACCUACUAAACCACCUCUUCUGCUAAGGAUGGCAUCAGACUGUGACGAUGGAAAAUUUAUAUCAGCGCUUGGUGCUUUUAAAUGGCGUGUUCUUUAUGCUAACGUCUCUUAUGAUCACAUGGUUGGUUGGCGUACAUCAUCUAUAAGAAGGGAGACAGAACUCGUCAAGCCUCCCUGGCGAUCUUUGGAUGGCUACAAACAUGUAGUAGAUGUGGAAUUUUGUCCUCCAGCUUCAUAUGAAGGACCUCAUUACCCCCUUGAGGCAGCCAAAGCGAAGGAGGCAGCUCAAAAUGCACCAAGCACACAGAGGUCAUUAGAAUACCAUGAAAGUAUGGAAGAGGAAAUGAUACGUGGCUUGCAACAGUUGGGGUGGAAGAAAAUUGAUGUCAGCUUUCACUCGGCGUUCUGGCCCUUUUUCGCUCAUAACAAUAUCCAUGUGAAGAAUGAAUUUUUUCACAAUGCUGGAGCAGGAGUAAUUGCUCAUGUCGCAGACCACAUAAAGCAACAAGAGAAGCAACCCGGAUCGUCGUCCUCCUUGAUUACUCCUAGCUUGUAACUCAUAUAGUUGUACAGGAAGCAAUUCAGCGUAUAUAAUAAUGAAAUGACAUUAAAGCGCUAAAGGCUUGAUUCUUUUUCCAUUUACUUUGUUCGGAUACUAUUAUUGAUUGCAAAUGUAUAAUUUUCCCAAAUUGCUGGUUUACUUGGUGAGAGUGCUGAGUUCAACAGUUGCGAAGCUAGGUUUUUCGCUAAGGAUAUUCAAGAUACAUGUAUUAUGUAUAUCAAUACAAUUCAAUAGGAAGACUCUUGAAGUAGGUGUUA